AUGAUGGUGGAAGGUUCGGCAUUUACGAGGACCGAUGUGUUCCAAAUGGCUAUACGGGUUGCUUUUGUGUCUGCAGUAACUUACUUCUCAAUAAAAUGGCUGGUAAAUCAAAUAGACCCAACAUCCAAGAGUCGGAAGAAGGCUGAGGAAAGAGCGCGGGAACAGUUACGCAAGAUAUCUUGCAGAGCGGGUCUUAGCGGGAAGCAUUCCUUGGCGUUGGACAAACUAACAGAUCAUGAAAUGAUUAUUGCAUCACAACUGGUAGUACCUGAAGAGAUUAAUGUAAAUUGGAAGGACAUCGCGGGUCUAGAUUAUCUGAUCAAAGAAUUGAGAGAGACAGUCAUCCUGCCCAUACAGAAACGGGAACUGUUUGCCGACAGCCGGCUCACACAGCCGCCUAAGGGUGUGCUGCUGCAUGGACCACCAGGUUGUGGCAAAACCCUAAUAGCGAAAGCGACAGCUAAAGAGGCCAACAUGAGUUUCAUCAACCUCGACGUGUCCCUGUUGACGGACAAGUGGUACGGCGAGACGCAGAAGCUGGCCGCGGCCGUGUUCAGUCUGGCGGUCAAGUUGCAACCCUGCAUUGUUUUUAUUGAUGAGAUCGAGUCGUUCCUGCGCACGCGCACGCAGCACGACCACGAGGCGACCGCCAUGAUGAAGACGCAGUUCAUGUCACUGUGGGACGGCCUCAUCACUGAACCCACUUGCACUGUCAUUAUUAUGGGUGCCACCAACAGGCCGCAGGACCUGGACAAGGCCAUCCAGCGCCGCAUGCCCGCCACCUUCCACGUGCCCAUGCCCAGCGACGCGCAGCGCGAGCGCAUCCUGAACCUCAUACUGCGGCACGAGCCCACCGCCGACGACAUCGACUACGCGCGCCUGGCGGCGGCGACGGAGGGCUUCUCUGGCUCGGACCUGCACGAGCUGUGUCGCCAGGCCGCCGUGUACCGCGUGCGCGACCUGGCGCGCGACGAGCUGGCGCGGGAGGACGCGCAGGCGCAGGCGAUAAACAAAUCAAGUACAUCAGAUUCAGACGAGGAAUUUGUAGACGCAGUUCGUCCAAUCACAAUGGAAGAUUUAAAACUGGCUCUCGGCAAGUUGAAGGAGUCUAAAAUACAGUGCGGCUCGCUGGCGCCCUCUAUGCGGAUAGAACUGGAC